AUGAUGUGUCUUUCACUUCCGCACCACCUUAAAAUGGAUCCAACCGGUGGUUUUUUCUGUUGGACAAGACCACAGACAGAGAGACACACAAGUAGUUGAUUCUGAUUUAGGUACUUCACAAGCAGAGUCUCCAAGUUUCACUCCCACUGGAAGCACAAACACUCUCAGCCUCAGAUCAUGGCGGAAAACAUCUCUGGUUCAAGUGGGAGCAAGGCUACUAAUAUUUUACUUAAUCAUGACUUCUCUGGUGGGCUGAACUCUUGGCAUCUCAAUUACUGCAAUGGCUAUGUUAUUUCAGCUGAAGAAGGUACUCAAAGAGGAAUUUCAAUGGAGUCAAAUGGCAAUUAUGCUGUUAUCACAAACCGAAAGGAAUGCUGGCAAGGUCUCGAGCAAGAUAUCACAGACAGAAUUUCCACUAGUUCCACUUACAUGGUUUCAGCUUUUGUUGGAGUAUCUGGGCUUUCUCAGGGAUCUACUGAUGUUCUAGCUACUUUGAAACUAGAAUAUCAUGAUUCUGCUACUAGUUACUUGUUCAUUGGAAGAACUUCUGUUAUAAAGGGUAACUGGGAAAAGUUGGAAGGGACAUUUUCAUUGUCAACUAUGCCUGAUCGGGUUGUAUUUUAUUUGGAAGGACCUGCUCCUGGAGUUGACCUGCUUAUUCGAUCAGUAGAGGUCAUCUGUUCCAGUCCAAAUAAUAAUACCACAAGCACAGGAUGUGCUUCCAUUGGAGAUGACAACAUCAUAAUUAACCCCCAAUUUGAGGAUGGCCUGAAUAAUUGGUCUGGUAGAGGCUGCAAGAUUAUGUUGCAUGAUUCCAUGGGAGAUGGAAAAAUUGUUCCGAAGUCUGGAAAAUUCUUUGCAUCUGCAACAGAACGUACACAAAGCUGGAAUGGAAUUCAACAGGAGAUCACUGGACGUGUGCAGCGCAAGCUGGCCUAUGAGGUCACUGCUUUAGUUCGAAUAUUUGGGAAUAAUGUCACUACUGCUGAUGUACGUGCUACUUUGUGGGUCCAAACACCAGAUCUUCGAGAGCAGUAUAUAGGCAUUGCAAAGGUGCAGGCAACAGAUAAAGAUUGGGUUACAAUGCAGGGAAAAUUCCUUCUAAAUGGUUCCCCAUCAAAAGUGGUCAUUUAUUUAGAGGGUCCCUCUCCAGGCACUGACAUUCUUGUCAAUACUUUGGUCGUAAAGCAUGCAGCGAAAACACCUCCUUCAACACCACCGGAUGUAAAGAAUGUUGCUUUUGGGGUUAAUAUAAUUGAGAAUAGCAAUCUGGCUGCUGACACCAAAGGAUGGUUUUCCCUUGGUAAUUGCACAUUAAGCGUUAGAACUGGUUCACCUCAUAUAAUUCCACCAAUGGCAAGAGAUUCUCUUGGGCCUUAUGAACUCCUAAGCGGGCGCUACAUCCUUGUAACCAAUCGAACACAAACAUGGAUGGGCCCUGCUCAGACGAUCACUGAGAAAUUGAAACUCUUUUUGACUUAUCAGGUAUCUGCUUGGGUUCGGAUUGGUUCAGGAUCAACUGGGCCACAGAAUGUGAAUGUUGCCCUUGGUGUUGACAACCAGUGGGUCAAUGGAGGACAAGCUGAGGUUUCUGAUGACAGAUGGCAUGAAAUUGGUGGAUCCUUUAGAAUUGAAAAGCAGCCAUCAAAGGUUAUGGUUUAUGUCCAAGGUCCUGCUUCUGGUUUGGACUUAAUGGUUGCUGGACUUCAAAUUUUUCCUGUUGAUAGAAAUGAAAGAUUUAAAUAUUUAAAGCGGCAGACAGACAAGAUCCGUAAGCGUGAUGUUGUCCUGAAAUUCUCUGGGCUGGACUCUAGCAGCUACCUUAACACCUCGGUGCAAGUUAGACAAAUACAGAACGAUUUCCCUAUUGGAUCAUGUAUCAGUAGAACAAACAUUGACAAUGAAGAUUUUGUUAACUUCAUUGUGAAACAUUUUAACUGGGCUGUAUUUGGAAACGAGUUAAAGUGGUAUUGGACUGAGCCACAACAAGGGAAUUUCAAUUACAAAGAUGCUGAUGAUCUGCUAAACUUGUGUGCCAAGAACAAGAUAGAAACUCGUGGUCAUUGUAUCUUCUGGGAAGUGGAUGGAACAGUUCAGCAAUGGAUUAAAUCACUGAAUAAAAAUGAUCUGAUGACGGCUGUCCAAAACCGCUUAACCGGCCUGCUGAAUCGCUACAAGGGAAAGUUCAGACACUAUGAUGUCAACAAUGAAAUGCUGCAUGGUUCAUUUUACCAAGAUAGACUAGGUAAGGAUAUCAGGGCAAACAUGUUCAAGACUGCAAACCAACUAGAUCAAUCUGCUACACUUUUUGUGAAUGAUUAUCAUGUUGAAGAUGGAUGUGACACAAGAUCAUGUCCUGAAAAAUACAUUCAACACAUUCUUGAUUUGCAAGAGCAAGGUGCCCCAGUUGGAGGAAUUGGAAUUCAAGGUCACAUAGACAGUCCAGUGGGGCCUAUUGUUUGUUCUGCCCUUGAUAAAUUGGGUAUUCUUGGUCUACCUAUAUGGUUUACUGAGCUUGAUGUGUCUUCCAUCAAUGAAUAUGUGAGAGCAGAUGAUCUUGAAGUUAUGCUGCGUGAAGCUUUGGCUCACCCUGCUGUAGAAGGCAUAAUGCUGUGGGGAUUUUGGGAGUUGUUUAUGAGCAGGGACAAUUCACACUUGGUGAAUGCAGAAGGUGACAUCAAUGAAGCUGGGAAAAGAUUCCUAGCUCUAAAACAAGAGUGGCUGUCUCAUAGCCAUGGUCAUGUUGAUGAGCAAGGUCAAUUCAACCUCAGAGGCUUUCAUGGAACAUACAACGUGGAAGUUGUCACCCCAUCCAAGAAAGUUUCUAAAACAUUUGUACUUGACAAAGGUGACUCGCCACUGGUUUUAUCCAUCGAUUUAUAAGCAUCUUUCUUUAUGGGGUGUCAUUUUAUUAUAUCCUUGGGUUUGCUGAAAUACAAAGGUGAUGAUGUAUAGUGUUGUUAUCUUUA